GCAGGAAAAGAUAAAAGAAUGGGUAAAAUGGCUUGGUCCGAAUCGCCACUUAUUUGUUUUCUCCAAAAGGAUACCAAGAUCCAUAGUAUGAGAGCAUGUCACACACUUGUUGUAGUAAAUAAUCUUGAAAACUUAAAAAAGAAAAGGAUUGAUUCUCAAGUCCAAGUCAUCGAGCACAAUGAGAAGAAAAUACGCAAGGCAAUUUCCGUUUGCAUAGAGAAAGGAAUACAAAACUACAUAGAAAAAUUAAUUAACAUAAUUAAACAUUCAAAAAAUAAUUCAAGCGAAGAUUUGAUAGACUUUCAUAUGGAAUUGAAAGCUAUCUCAAAGCACGUGAUUCUUGAAGAAAAUACAUACCAACAUGCAUUCAAAAGAAACGACUUUUUCAGCAUACCACAAGAGAUAAGAGAUCUUCUUUCUAGAGAACCCCAUGUCAAUUCCUUCGGAAUCUGGGAAGACGCCACCUUUAAGAUAUUUAUGGAUGAAACUUUAGAUGCUGAUAUUCUAAAAGAAAAAUUAAAAAGAAAAUAUCAAACUUUUUUUGAAAAACAUAGACUUCAUAUUGAGAGAAAGAAAUUCAUUAUGAAAUGUGCAACUCAAUUAAAACAAGGUGGGGAGUUACGCAAACCCAGUCCUUCAGGGGAAAAUGUUGAAUGUGGUACUUUAGGCGGAUUUGUUAAAGACACCAAAUCCUCUGAAAGCUGUUCCGAAGCAUACGCUUUGACGUGUAACCAUCUAUAUCCAUCAACGAAUGAUCCAGCUUAUGCAAAUAUAGAUGGAGAAGAAAAGGAAAUUGGAAAAUGCAUUUUUACUACCCGUGAAAACUCUUGUGAUUUUGCAGUUAUCGAAAUUAGUAAAGAUUUUUCUGAUAAAUGCGAUUUAGAAUUUAGACGGGAUGACGAAAAAUCGUGCAACGCAGAGGUUUCGGAAUUUUUCCCAAUACAUGUUGGUAUUGUACAUAAAAACGGUUCAAAAACAAAUUGGACACGUGGUCGUGUAGUCAGUCGUGCAUUCUAUGAUGUUGUUAAUAAAAGAGAAAGUUUUGUUGUCAAAGGCUUAGGUUGUCCAUUCUCUACUCCUGGUGACAGUGGAUCGAUUGUUUUUGCGAGAGACAAUUCAGUGUCCCAAUAUGCUGUUGAUGUUUUGGGAAUGGUCUAUUCAAAUCAUCCUGACAUCCGUGAUGAUACAAGCCAACCGGAGAAUGAAAAAGUAGAUGAAGCUUCAGGACAUUCGGAGAUAAAUCUUAAAAGUGGAACCGACCAGUGUUAUUCUACAGACGGGGGCAAAACUAAAAGUGACCAGAUACGAGCCAAAAUUAUGAAGAAUCCGGAAAACUACAGUUUUUGUUUUCGAAUGAACAACGCUUUUGAGCUUUUGGAAAAAGAGAAAAACUUACUUGUUAGUUUUGAGAGAGUAGUAAAUUUAGAUGAGAGGGAUGAUGAUUGAUUUGCAAAUUUAACAAAAAGUACCAAUGUUUUAAAAGCUAU